UUUUCAAUAAGAUGUCACUGCGAGUAAUGUCAAAACAGAGCGAACGUGACCGUUCAGCGGAAACGUCAUCAGCACUGCAUGACCGGCACUAGACAGCUGUCACAAGUCCUUUUCCGGUUUAAUUCGUUAAGAAGAAGAAAUUAAACAAUGGGUCGGUACGCCCGGGAACCUGAGAAUCCUGCUAAGUCUUGCAAGGUCCGAGGAUCUAAUCUUCGUGUGCACUUCAAGAACACACAUGAAACCGCCCAGGCUAUCAAACGUAUGCCUCUUCGUCGUGCCCAACGCUACCUCAAGGCUGUCAUUGAAAAGAAAGAGUGCGUCCCAUUCCGUCGCUUCAACGGUGGUGUAGGCCGUUGCGCCCAAGCCAAACAAUGGGGUACAACACAAGGACGUUGGCCAAAGAAAUCAGCAGAUUUCCUCCUGCAAUUGUUGCGAAAUGCUGAAGCCAAUGCUGACUUCAAAGGUUUGGACGUAGAUCGUCUGGUUGUCGAUCAUAUUCAAGUGAAUCGUGCACAAUGUUUACGUCGUCGUACAUACCGUGCUCACGGUCGUAUCAACCCUUACAUGUCGUCACCAUGCCACAUUGAAAUCAUCCUAACAGAAAAGGAAGAGGUUGUGUCGAAAGCACCCGAAGAAGACGAGCCUGUUAAGAGGAAACUAUCAAAGAAGAAGAUGCAAAGACAAAAGGAGAAAAUGAUGAGGAGCGAAUAGAAAAAGUAAUUGUCGCUCUGUCGUUUUAUAAUUAUUUUAAGAAUGGUUCAAUAAAAAACAUCAAUUGAACUUUCA